AUCAAAUCGGAUUGAGCUAGAUUUCUCCACGGAACAUUAAAUUUCGGCAAAACAAAUAUAUUCUGUAAUUGAAGAAUGUCCUUAACUACUCAGAAUCCUGGCAAUCCCACAAACAUCUCAAACAUCUCAUCUCAAAUCGGACCAACAUCUCAAAAACCUAUAGUCGAACUUUGGGACGAUGAAGGACAAGACUUCUUUAUGAAAACUGGAGCAUACAUCAUGGCAUCGUUCAUUUUGCAAAUACUUUCUGUGAUUCUCUUGAUGAAAAUAAUUCGUAUAUACAUGUCGAUACACAGGAAGAAUAUGAGAAAGAAGAAGAUGAUGAAGUUACAACAAACGAAGCAAGAAGAUCCUCCGUCGGCAGUUUUACCAUCUCCGUCCCACUUUACAACACAAACUUCUACAAAUACUGUUGAAGAUGCGAAUAUGGUCCUUGAAGGCAAUGAAAUGCUCAUGAAACACCGAGCGCGACUUCUAAAACCAACCCAAAAGAGAACUACAAAGGAUGGCAAUUCUGAAACACCCUCAACACAUGACGGAACCAGAAAAAUCGUGUUUCAAGAGAAAGGACAAAUUCUUCUAAACACCAACAAUGUUACUGAAUAUGCUGUGAUGGACGGAGAAGACAAACCGGGCGAGAAGAUAAACAUCAAAAAAGUUACAUUUGAUUUUGGAUCGUUUGUUACUUACAAUGUAGGGAUUGACGUGGAUGAAUGGGAAGAGCCAAUUGAGAAGAUUGCGGGCUCCGCAGGUUCGGGUGGAUCAGUUAUGACGGCUAGUAUCAAGCAGAAGUCCAUUAAGAGAUUUUAAAUAAACAAUUUUUUUGUCUUUUUGAAUAAAUAAAUUGUGG